UCUGUGCUUUAGUUGACUUUCAUCAUGCUCUUCAGGAUAUAAACGACAACAGAAACUAAGCUCCUAGUUGCUCAACUAAUCGGUCAAAGAUCAUGUCUCGUGUAAUCAUCUCACGAGUCAUUUUCUUGAUUCUUGCUUUGUUCUGUUGUACUGAUAACUCCCAUAGGAAACUGAUUUGGGAAGGAUCGGCUGGAGUUUUCAAAGGUUUCAGGACGUUGACGAACACCACGAAGCACACAUAUGGUCAAGCAUUCGACGACAAGCCAUUCCCUUUCAAGAAUUUCCUCACAGGUGCAAUGACUUCUUUCUCUUUCACCUUCUUUUUUGCUAUCGUCCCUGAGCAUAAGCACAAAGGCUCUCACGGUAUGGCCUUCGUGAUUUCUCCUACAAGAGGCAUUCCAGGUGCAUCCGCAGAUCAGUACCUCGGAAUCUUCAAUGAAGUAAACAACGGGAACAACUCGAAUCAUGUCAUCGCUGUGGAGCUCGAUAUAAAUAAAGAUGAUGAAUUUGGCGACAUUAACGAUAACCAUGUUGGUAUCAACAUAAAUGGGAUGAGGUCUAUUGUAUCUGCUCCUGCUGGUUAUUAUGAUCAAGAGGGUCAAUUCAGAAAUCUUUCUUUGAUCAGUGGAAAUCUACUCCGAGUCACGAUUUUGUAUGACCAGAAGAAGAAAGAGCUUAGUGUCACAUUAUCAUCGCCAGAGGAAGCUUAUUACCCCAAGCAACCACUUCUUUCGCUAAACCAAGAUCUGUCACCGUAUCUUUUGGAGAAAAUGUAUGUCGGCUUCACAGCCUCUACGGGGUCGGUUGGAGCAAUGCACUACAUGUCGAUUUGGUAUAGAUAUACCAUACUGAUUGUUCCAGACCUGGAUAUCGGGAUCCCGACGUUUCCUCCAUACCCCAAGGAAAAAUCACUGGUAAAUCGCAUUCUUUGGGUGACCGGCUUGGCAUUGGCUCUCUUAGUUGCGAUGGCUGCAUCAGGUUUUAGUCUCUUCUUAUAUAGAAAAAACCAAAUGGUUCAAGAGGUUCUAGAGGAGUGGGAGAUUCAAAAUGGACCUCAUAGGUUUUCUUACAAAGAACUCUUUAAAGCCACAAAUGGUUUCAAACAACUUCUAGGCAAAGGAGGGUUCGGUCAGGUCUUUAAGGGAACACUUCCAGGUUCCGAUGCAAAUAUUGCUGUUAAACGGGUUUCUCAUGGUUCGAGUCAAGGAAUGAGAGAAUUCUUGGCCGAGAUAGCAACUAUUGGUCGGCUUAGACACCCAAAUCUAGUGAGGCUUCUUGGCUACUGCAGGUACAAAGAAGAGCUCUACUUGGUUUAUGACUUUAUGCCCAACGGAAGUCUUGACAAGUACCUCUAUGGCGGAUCAGAUCAAGAACAGUUCUCUUGGACUCAACGUUUCAAGAUCAUCAAAGACGUUGCCUCUGCACUCUCCUAUCUCCAUAUCGACUGGGUACAAGUUGUUAUUCAUCGAGACAUCAAGCCUGCAAAUGUCCUAAUCGACGACAAGAUGAAUGCAAGUCUUGGAGAUUUCGGAUUGGCUAAGCUGUAUGAUCAAGGAUUUGAUCCUCAAACCUCUAUGGUAGCUGGAACCUUCGGGUAUAUGGCACCAGAGCUCAUGAGAACUGGAAGAUCGACCACGGGUACAGAUGUCUAUGCCUUUGGUGUGUUUAUGCUUGAAGUUUCUUGCGGUAGAAAACUGUUUGAGUCACAAGCAGAGCCCGAAGAGGUCGUUCUUGCAGACUGGGCGAUAAAUCGUUGGGAAAACGGUGAUAUUGUAGAGGCGGCUAAUGAAAGCAUCCGAGAAGAUCAUGACAAGGGACAGCUUGAGCUUGUUCUGAAGCUAGGAGUGUUAUGCUCGCACAGGGAUGAAGAGAUUAGGCCGGAUAUGGCUACGGUGGUUAAGAUCUUGAACGGAGUUUCUGAGCUUCCGGAUAAUCUUCUCGACAUUGUUAGAACGGAGAAAUUGGGAAGAUGGUACGAUGCGUACGGAAACGUGCUUGUUAGGGCGAUUACAAUGGAAUCUGCAGGUAACUUGACGAUUACGGAACCGAUGACUUCCGUCGGACGGUAAAAACUGAUUGUCGAGGCAUGGUGCAAAAAAUAACUUGUGACGGUGCUUUAUAAAGUAUCUUUAUUUUUGGUGAUCGUAUUGAAUGUAUUGUUUAA